UUACCAAUGUUUUCCUUGCGACUAAUUCAAUGGCCUAUAAGGAACGGAUUGUGUAACCUGUCUCACUUUAGAACGAUGCGAGGUGCAGACAGAGUGAAUCUAGCGUGAGGACAUUUUCGAGUAGUGCGAACGAGUGCCACUGUCAAAGCUACAAGUUACCGAUUAUUCCAUAUAAUGACAUCAAUGGCGUUGGUGGUCGUGAUGAUCCUCGUCUAUGCUACAGUUUUUUUCGCCGAGAUAGCAGCUCAGACAUGGCGCUCUUCGUCGGAAUACGUUGUCCUAGACUGUCCGAAAGGCCUAUCAGUACCGACAGAAAUAGGGCGUCCCUGGUCCAGAGUGACGUGGAUGGAACCUCGUUUCAUUGAUCCAGAUGGUGUAGAAGUUCUUCCCGCCAGAAUAUCACACAACCCGGGAGAAAGGUUUCCCGUGGGUACGCAUACCGUCAAGUACACGCUUGUCGAAGGGAACCACAAAGUCACAUGCAGUUUCAUCGUCAGAGUUGAUGAUGAAGAACCGCCGCGAAUAGUCAACUGUCCAUCAGAUAUCACAGUUCCGGCGGACCGGGGAAGCACUUCUAGGUCAUCAGUCUCGUGGGACAUGCCCCUGGCAACAGACAACUUCCGGGUGAAGUAUUUCGGUUCGUCCAAACCCGUCGGCUCGUCUUUUGCCAUGGGCUACACCCGCGUGACCUACACGGCCGUGGAUCUUAAAGGCAACCAGGCAAAGUGCACGUUUAACGUCAUUGUCACUGAUGAUGAGAGCCCUAUACUGGAAGGAUGUCCCGCAGAGGCCCUGACUUAUGUGCCUCCGAUGGCCAACGGUGGUCCCGUGUCCUGGACUCCUCCCCAAGGCAUCGACAACUCUGGCCCGCCCCAGAUCACCUGCACGCGCUCCCGGGGAGAGAACUUCCCGCUCGGCCAGACUGAGGUGGUGUACACAGCGACGGACGCAGCCGGCAACACGGCAACUUGUUCCUUCAAAGCUGUUGUCAAGGUUGAGGUUCCGGGUAGCAAAAUUUUUCUGCGCAAUCGCACAAGCACAGAGCUCGAAAUCAGCUGGCCUCAACACGUGAAUCAGAAGGCCUCCAGUUACCUCAUUUACAUAUGGCCCGUGGGCACCAGCCAACCGCUGGCCUCAGACCAUCGCUACCACCCGAUCAAUUGGCGGGAAAGUUUCACCACGCGCACUCUACGUGGUCUUUCUCCCGGCACAUCAUACAACAUCCGAGUCUACGUGACUGGAGUUGGGGAACGGUUAUACGCAAGACUGAGGACAAGACCUAAUGCGCCCAGCGGGUUUACAUUCAUAGCAGAGAGUUUGGACUCCACCUCGGUCGUCCUUUCUUGGCAGCCGCCAGCUGGGAAUUUCGACCAGUACCAGGUCUCGUAUCAUGUUGUAACGAGCGACACUGUCUCGACGUUACGGCUACUGGACAAAAGGGUUGUAAAGAAACCCGUGAAUGAUUUGGAUCCCGGUACUACAUACAUCUUUACUCUGGUGUCGGUGAGCGGUGUCGGGGAAUCGAAAUCGACAAGUGUCCCAACUACACUCACUAUUCGGACAGCCCCUCUCCCGCACUCUCAAAUCCUCCUUCCAAAAGUAACCGCCACUUCCAUCCAGAUAGUUGCCCGACUCGUCCCAGCAAUCACCACCCAGAUCCUUAGACAAUUCGACCGAGGAAGCUUCCCAAACAGUGGCCGUGUGGUGCGGCCAUCAGCAGAAGACGAAGCAGACGACUAUCACAGUAGUGACGGUUACGUUGUGGUCAUCUACUCCAAUUACAGCGAUGUCUUUACGGACGUUAUAUUCGAAUCUGGUACCCUUGAAUACGAGUUCACAUCGCUGGCACCCACCACGCUGUACAUGAUACGGAUUAUACCGUCAGAUGCCAGUGGAGAAGUCCUGGAAAAGACUGCCAUGACUCGUCCAAUGACUGUCACCGACCUGACACUUCACAAAGUCACCAACUCAUCGAUCACGAUCACUUGGAGUCCCCCAAAGGGACACUUUGAACAGUUCAAGGUGACCUACGCACCGACUAAACUGGAGGAUGUCGCCCCGACCAUGGUCGAUGAAUGUCAGGUGACUAUCAACAGGCUGGUUCCCAUGACAACGUAUGUGGUCUCCGUGGUAACCAUCUACGGAGUGUUGACGAGCGAUCCAGCAGAAAUCGAGGUCACUCCAGGAGUUGACAAGGCUAAUGCUGUCCUUGUCUUGAAUGAGUCCUCCUGUAUCUCUCCCAUCCUAGCCAGCUCUUUUUUAGCGGCAAUCCUGAUGUUUAUCGGAAUAUACUUUUGCAGAUUAAAACUGUGCUACAAGUACAUAAGCAUACAUAGACGCCACACCGAGGAGAACACUUACGAGAACCCGACCCGUCCAAACAGCGACUACAUGAGCUCACCUCCCUACCAGAACACAGAGAGCUCUGAUUCCAUGACCUCGCUUAUCAGAUCACCCCCAAGACCAAUCAGUGUGUCAGGGUAUAUGUACCCUCCCAUCCCCAGAGGUUUGUUCAGCAGAGGAAAACGACCUUCUUCUGGAAGUAAAGAAAACGACAGCACGGGAUCACCUAUUUACUACAACGUGAAAGAGGCGAACUCUUGAUAAGUAGUGCAGAAUCCAUUCAUUACACUAGGGAGUUGUGACAUGAAUCGAAGUAUGUAAAAGUACUGUUAUUAAGCAUUAGGCAAAUAAGUAACAAUCGAGAGGAGAGGUGAACAGGAACGAUCUUGCCUCUGGGCUACUGACGAAUAGGAACUACUUUACAGAUACGGUAUGCAGUUUUCAGGAAAGCCAUUGGUCACAUCAUCUUUGCUUCGCGGUGUUGCGAUGGUGUCGGAACUCGUCAGAGUCAAUGUGGACAGUGCUUGAUAUUUCAUAAAACUCAUCCUGCAAAGUGAUUCCAGUUAGCAUCAUGGCUCCUCAGCACAAGUCCUCCGAGUUUACGAAGCGCGCUCAGCCAGCAGCCGACACUUCAGCAAGAAACUUCGCAGCUUAUUGUACCCCUGUCACUGAGACGGUACCAGAUGUGACGUCAUACGGUUAUGGCCGUGUUCGUAGCACGGAUGUCAUAUCCAAAAAGUGGGAUUCGUCAUGCUCUUGUGGGCUAAGUCCACUAAGUCAAGACCCACUAAAAAUAGUGUAAAAUCGACGUUGUUCAGGGCCUAAUAACAUUGCGUACCAACAUCUGAAACAGUAAAAAGUAGUAUAUCUGAGUAUCUAAGUAUCUGAAACACAUGUUAAAUUACUAUAUGGUCCUUGAUCUUUCAAUUUCUUUUUUGGUUAACUGAUUUUUAGUUAUUCCCACAAAGCAAAAUUACUCCCCGAAAAGUGAUUAUUCCGAAGUCUGCUUGCAGCCAUUUUUUAAGUGGCCAUCCUCAACUUUCUCGGGCACUUAUUACCAUUUAUCAACCGUGUUUUUAGCCAUUCUGCUCUCAGAUGAACGCCAAAAGACCUAGGGAGUUGAUCCUGGCAAAG